GGAAUUCUGACAAGGCGCCAUCUGUGAUCUGUCCGGUUCACGCAAAGCGAACUCUGAAUGAGGCGUUCCCACGAUGCGGGAAAAAGAACAAAACCUCAUCCUACUUCUCUGCUCAACAACAUAAACACAGCCCUGGGAAGGAUACAAAGAGUACAUCAUGUCCGAAGUGGCAGGCAUAUAGAGCGGUUGCCGGCUUUGGAAACCUCGGUGAUGGGUCCCAUUAA